AUGGAAACCAACGAAGGCAGUCAAUUCUCAAAUAAAAAACCGAUGGGAAUGAGGGUUGAGGCGAAUGUUGAACAUUUAAGUAUGCACGUAGAUAGACUUGUGAUCGACGAUCAACAUACGUUAAAAGUAUUUUUUUUGCCUAAUAAUGAAGUAACACCGAUAUCAAAGGAUUCGACAGGAAAUGUGAAGAAAGACGUUCCACAGACCUUGACGAAACCUCACCUUGCCGAUCCUUUGGUCAACUUUUCCGGCAAAAAUCAUAAUUUUCUAAAGGACUCUCUCAAUCAACAAAACUUUAAUAUCGUGCAGAAAGAUUUUGAUAGAGCACCAAAGAAACCUAGUUCUGUUCAAAGAAGUUACUCAAAGAGUAACUUCCUUUGGCCAGAACAAGUUAGAAAUAACAAGAAAAGCUACCUAGAAGAGCAAUGGGAAAAAAUUUUAAAUCGGAGGCAGAUGGAUGGCGAAUUAACCAUAUCCUAUUUCUUUGACAAGUUAGCCUUAUGUCAAACCGUUAAUCUUGAUUUUGAAGAGACAAGAAAACAGAUUCUCUUUGGACUAACAUCCAAUCUUGUGUUUGUUCAGACGAUAUCAAAGUCAUAUAAUAAUGAACAGGAUCUUCUUUAUGACAUUUUGAAAACGGAAGAAUUAAUCGAAAAAAGAAUACGGAUACGUAAUCAGCAGUAUAGAUUCACGAAUAACGAAACCUGCUAUAAAAAGACGUUGCAUUUACAAAAGGAUAAAGUAUCAUUUAAACAAGAGAGUUGCGACGAAAUGGAGAAAAAGGGUGAAGUACGUUUUCGAUGUGGAGGUACGGGACGUUUUGCAAAAGAGUGUCAAAAUCAAAGACGUAUCGUUUGUUACCGGUGCCAAGAAGAAGGGCAUAUAGCAUCCGGAUGUUCAAAGAAGAACAAGCAUAAUAAGAAAAAGCGACAAGACAUUAAACAAGAGAUGAUGAAAGAGUAUGAUUUAUUACAAGCUCGAAAAAAAGAGGAAUACCACAGGGAUUUAGAGAUGAUUGGUUCGACAGCCGACAAACAUAUCGCUCAACUUCGUAUCCUAUUCGAAAAAGAUCUUAGGAAGGAACUUUUAGUAUCACCUUGUUUCGUUUUGCUGGUUACCUUGCAGGCAGAAUCUAUGGAAGGACUGCUGAGAAUCUGUCGCAAAAAUGACGAGACUAUGGAAUAUCGAAUUUUCGAGUUAACUAAUCUGCUCGAAACUUUAGGACAUUUUGAUCUCAACGUGGCUUCUUUAUGUCAAUGUCUCUCAGACGCAUUGAAAAGCUUAACAGGACCCAGUGUCGUUCUUCGUGAGAAGAUGGAGGUAUUAAAAAGGUUGUCGUGGCAAGUUGAUCGAAAAAUUACCGAGAACUCAUCCUUGGAUACUAUACGUACACAAAAUCAUAUUUUGCGGGAAAUCAUAAAAAAGCUUAAGAGACAGCUGUGCGCUGCAAAUAUUCCAAGAGACUUUCAGAGGGAAGAAGCUGAAAGAGAAUUCAACAUGCCGGAAAGUUUUAUUAGAAAAAUAAACGAGAAGCACAAUGUAGACCUUAAGCCUGCCAAAGAUAUGAAUCAUGACUUGAAUACGGGAUUCGCACCCGAAACACAGAAUUCGAAAAGAAUUUUAGUUACAAAAUUUGAAGAGCAAAUGGAAAUGAAAAAUACAGAAAUCGUAAAGUUAGAUUGUUCUGAUAAAGAUCAGAGAUCAAAUAAUUUACAUCAGAACGAGGUUGAAAGUACUGAGAGCGACCCUCUGUUUAAGAAAAACGACAAAUCGGAAUGUUUCGGCAUCGAGUUAAUAAACUCCCACUUAAACGGAUUUCAAUUUAAAGAAUACUUAAUACGUCUUUCGAAAAAUCAUGAAAUAAGAAUCAAGCAUUGCCUAACUCAACUUGCAGAAUUCGAUCCAAUUAAAGUGGAAUUCGUUGAAAGUGAAGAGGAAUAUCAGGAAGCUUCACUCGACAGAAUGAUUAUUUAUGUAAGAAAUAUUGAGCAAAUUGUACGCGUUAAAACAAACGGAAUCAAUUGUGCAACUCAAACAACUAGAAUCAAAAUCUCGCAUCAUUCUACUCAAACUCCAAUCACGGGAUUGAGCAAUCUUUCACGCGUAAAUGUUGGUUUCUUUAUGCUAAACUCCGAAAGACGUGCCAUUGAACGCUGUCUCUGCAAUUUAGAAACCGCUGUGAGCGAAAUGCAACUGAAUGUGGUUGACCAGGCACGUUUAUUAAUUGAUAAGUAAUGCAUAUUCCUCAAUAAUGAAAAGUGCCU